AUGAACGUUUACGUGGAUACCCACGAUCCUCCUCUCCUCGCCCUCUCCAGUGCUGGCAACAUUGAUAAGCUCCACGACUGUAAAGUUUACUGGAUAUCCCACGAUCCUCCUCUCCCUCUGCCCUCUCCAGUGCUGCAACAUGAUAAGCUCCACGACUGUAAAGACAAGCUCAGAACGUUCCAUGUGGUCCGUGUGUCUGUCAACGGCACUGCAUCGGUCAGCUGCCCCAACCUGACAGGCAAGGACCAGGAGGAGAUGAGAUUCCACCUUUACUUGGGCUUGGUCGAGGUUGGCAACCACACUCACGACAGUGCUCACAACCACAACUCCACAGAGGCCGUGAGUCCUGUUGGGGAGGGUCUGGGGCUGAGGGUGAACAAACAGGACCAUACRGUCAGUUUUGUCCUCUCUGGAAUGACCACGGAGCGCGCUGGGGUCUAUACCUGUGAGGGGCAACCCAUGUACCCACCUCCCAUUGAGAAAGUACAAGACGAGACUCAGACUGUGGUCCUGGUUGAAGCAUACCAGUGCCAGGCAGGAAAGACUGUGGGAUGUGUAGGCUCUAGAGUGGAUGGUGUCCCUGUUUGGGCAUGGGUGCUGGGGUUCUGGGUCACCAUCAUCUAUGGCCUGGCUGUCACUGUCAUCGCCUUUGUUAUCUUGGUCAGACUGAGGAGAGUGAAGUGUUCCCAGAGCGACUACAUGAACAUCAAACCCAAAGCUCCACUCAGGGGGCCCAGGAAGAAGCAGGGGGUCCAGCAUCCAAUCCGAAUGGGACGAUACUGAUCAGUCAUCCUCAGAUCAGUCAUUCUCAGACAAAAGCAACACGAGAGUUGAGCCUUUAUUGGCCCUUGAGAGCUGACUGGAGAAACAGACAGUUCUUUAUGUAAAUACAAAAGCUAGCUCUUCAAAUGAUGUGGUGUACAUCUAAUUGUACAUCUGAUUGCGUGUAAAUAAAGAUAGAGUUAUCUUAGAAAUGUUAAUCAAAUAAUUAUAGUCUGAUGUAAUAUGAUCUUCUGGAAACUAUUGAGAAUGGAGUCUUGAAGUUGUGGGCAGCAUACUAUAUAAGAAAAUAUCCCCAUGCAUACUGUAGAGAACGAACACACACGCCAACACACACAAUUUGGUUAAGCGUACAGUCACAGGGAUAUCCUCUCUGAUUUGUAGUGGGUGUGUAGUGAAGAGGAAGACCCUAGCUCUGUGGUGAAUGGGUCUCACAGGAAACAGUGGUUUCCGAAUAUGGGGGGACUGAACCACAUUUUCACACACUCUCUCUGAGAGCCACUGAUUGUCAUGUACAGUAUAUGUAUCAAAAUAAGGGACUAUCUUACAUCGAAACUGGCACACUGAAUUAUAAAUCCCUGCUUGUCCUUUUAAUGGACUAAUUCUUUGUUACUGUACUUAAGUAUUUUUCUUUUUAUCUAAUCAAGCUGGUGAUUCAAAUCGAGCAUUCCCCAGCUACAGGCCUCUCUCAACUCUUUCAGUGUAUUGCAAUAUUUGAGUUUUAACCAUUGUUUACAGAUUUUUAUAGAACAACUUACAACUCGUCCUUUGAGGGUUAACUUGAGUAACUCAGCCACAAGUAAACGUUAAAAUACAAAAAAAAACUGCUGUAAUGACAAAAACAAAAAAACACACCUAGCAUCAUUUCCUGUCAACUGUUUCCUUGAAGCGUGUGUUUUGUGCCAUUUUUACUAGAGUAUGCAUAAGAGGGACUGCACCUGAUGUUGCACACCUUGCAGUUUCUAUGUAGAUAGGGCAAACGCAUUAAACCAACAGACUAUUA